UGAACAAAAUGAUCGAACUGAACCCGGUGAAGGAAUACGAAAACGUGGAUACUCAGUCAGACGCGUUUGAUUCUGUUGAAAAUGUUGCAGAGGACAAAAUCAAUGAUAAAUCGCUUCGAACAAUUGUUGUACAGAAUUUGAAACAUCCUGGAGGUUGGCUUAGAAAUCGACAGUUUCAAAUGUUACUCAAUCGAUGUGUCAUUUUUGAUGUUUCAUUUUCACGACCAGAAGAUACAGAUGAAAAGCAAAUAAAAUAUGGAAAAGUGGAAUUUGUGUUUUCGACAGUAGCUGGUGCACGUGAAGCUUAUUCAACAAUUCAAAAGAUGAUAAUCGACGGAAUACGACCAGAAGCUCUUGUUGAUCCACAGUUUUUUUCCGUCGAAACAUUCCAGUCUUCUCGUCAAUUCUUUGAUAUUUCUAAUGAUACUCGACUAGUUUUUCUUCUCGAUGCUCCAAAAUCAAUUGAUGAUCAUAUGAUUUCAUAUUUUUUCGAAGGAAAAACUCCAAUUCAUUUUCAAACUCUUCCCAUGCCAUCUUCAAAUGGAUUAUUCCAAGUAGAAGUUUUACUGUCCGAUAAAGAAACCGCAGAGAAAGUUUUGGCUGGACCAUCGAAGUUUUCGAUGAGUGAUGAAGAUAAUGAAUGUACAGUAACACUAUUGAGCCCGCGAGAAUAUUCUUUAUAUUCAAAAAUGGAUGAUAUUCAACAAUCAACUUCCGCUAAAAAACCUCUCAAACAAUCAUAUAUUUCUGAAAAUGUGGGACAAACUCUCGCACCGGAAAUUGACGAAGAUGUAAUUUCGAAUCGUCUUCUCGAGAUCAUCGAUGAACGAAAACUGAAUUUCGCUGAAAUAAACGAAAAAAAUGAGCUUUAUGAGCUCUGUGACACAGUAUCAUCUGAAUAUAAUGGAGUUCCUGAUUCAAUUUUGAAGCCAGCGAUGGGAAGUGUUCUCCAAAAACAUUUGAAUCGAACGGAAAUGCAUUGGAUGCGAGAACAUUUGGAAGGACUGCUGAGAGUAUGGAAAAUUGAAAUUCUAAAUGAGCAAACGUACGAGAGGCCUUCAUUUGUACCAAUGGAGACUGUCGCCUAUCAGCCAGUUGUUGAAGAACAAAAAACGGAAUCAACUAGUAAGGGAGCAGAAAAACGCCAACGAGCCGCUCGUAAACAAAUGGGUGUUGCUGCAUUCCUUAACGCGAAUCGUGAUCGCCUCAUCGUCGAAACAGGAGAUGUUGAUAUGGAUUCAGAUGAUGAUGGAAAUGUUACUAUCGGUGGUGAAGCGUUAAGCUUUGAUUCGUGGGCUCGUAUAACAAAAACCAAGGCAAGUGGAGUUGUUCGAGCCAACGAUGAUGGUUCAAAGAAGAUUGGAAAUGGUGGAUUAUCGAAGAAACAAAUGAGACAGGCGAGAAUUGUCGAAGGAAUGAGUCAAGAAGAAUGGAAGAAAUGGAGAAAUGAGAAGAGUUCAAACCGAAAAGCCGAUAUUAAACAGAGAAUUAUGGCAAGAGGAGCGAUAAUUGAUGAAGGAGAAAUUGAUAAUGAAACCGCUGUAAAUGGAAAUUCGGAAGUUGCAAUAGAAACAGUGGAACCUUCUCCGACUCUUGCAGCUGUUAAACGUAUUCUUGAUGAAGGUGAAAUAGAUUCAGAUGAAGAGAAACAGCAAGCGAGUAAAAGCAAAAAGAAAAAGCCAGCUACAUCAGACUCUUCGGAUUCAACAUCAUCAUCUUCUGAAGAAGAUUUCGAUGGGCCUGUUGAUGCGAGAAAAAGACGAAAGCUGCGAAGAAAGAAGGAUCGCAAGAAUCCACGUACUACAACGGCUUCGUCGUUAUUGGAUCCAACAUUCCGUCAAAUGUUUGAAAAUCGGAAAACUAUUUUGGCACAAAUGACUCCAGCACAUAAAUCAGCGUUCGUUAGUGCACUGACUCAGAUAGUAAAUAACAAUCCAUCCGGAGUAUCUCAAGCCAAAGCAUCACAAGUAAUAAACACAAUGAUGUCAGGAUUCAAAUAACUUUGUGCAUAUUUCGUUGUUCUUGUUGUUCCCAUUCUAAUACCCAUUUUUAUUGUAUUUUCCCAUCUGUUCUCAUACUUUAACCUCUACUUUUUAUUUUUAUCCUGUUUAGUGUUUAAUUUCAGCUUAAAGUCUUCCAUUGGCCAUAACAGCAGGCGGAAGAAAAUCCAAUUAAAUGAAUAAUUCUGUCAUUUG